AUGUCCACCGAUCCAAAGCCCUUGCCCUUUGUCUACCAGUUCCUCUCCGGUGCUAUCGCCGGUGUGUCUGAGAUCUUGGUGAUGUACCCAUUAGAUGUGGUCAAAACUAGACAGCAAUUGGCUACAACCAAUGACUACAAUGGUACCAUUAGGUGCUUGAAGAAAAUCGUGGCCGAGGAAGGCUUCUCUAGAUUGUACAAGGGUAUCAGUGCCCCAAUUUUGAUGGAGGCCCCUAAGAGAGCUACCAAAUUUGCUGCUAACGACGAGUGGGGUAAGUUCUACAGAAAGGCAUUCGAUGUCCCUACAAUGACUCAGUCCUUGGCAGUGUUGACUGGUGCUACUGCCGGAGCUACCGAGUCGUUUGUUGUUGUUCCCUUUGAGUUGGUUAAGAUCAAGUUGCAGGACAGAACUUCCAAGUUCAACGGUAUGGGCGAGGUGGUCAAGCACAUUGUCAAAGAAAACGGUGUUUUAGGCUUGUACAAGGGUUUGGAGUCUACUUUGUGGAGACAUAUUGCAUGGAACGCUGGUUACUUUGGCUUGAUUUUCCAGGUGAGAUCUUUGAUGCCAAAGCCUAAGUCCUCCACCGAGAAGACCCUUAUAGAUUUGACUUGUGGUACCAUCGGUGGUACUUUUGGUACCGUGAUGAACACUCCUUUCGAUGUUGUCAAGUCUAGAAUUCAGGCUGGUUCCACUAAGUACAGGUGGACAAUCCCAUCGGUGCUUACAGUUGCUAAGGAGGAAGGUUUCGCUGCUUUGUGUUGA